GGCUGUGCUGUGUGAUCUAUUUCGUAACAGAGCCUCUGUGUUUUCUAGCGGCUGCUGCACGAGCGGCUCGUUGUACAGUCACCAGGGGGCACGCACACGGUAAAAAUCAUAAUAAUGCAUUUGAGGAAAGCCUGCUCCGAGUGUGCAUCGACUGGCCCCUGUGUAUGAGACUCCCUGUGCACUGAUGGACAUGUGCAUGUAGCUCAUGUGUCCGGCGGGACUGCCCCUGGCUUCUUCUGGGGAUCAUAUUGGAUCAUAUUGUUUGCAGGACGUUGUUCCUCCUGCAGCCCCCCAGUCUAUCCCGACGUAGUGGUGAAUUGAACAUGGCGACUGUACCAGUGUAUUGCAUCUGCAGAUUACCUUACGACGUGACCCAGUUUAUGAUCGAGUGCGACGCUUGCAAGGACUGGUUCCACGGCAGCUGUGUUGGUGUGGAUGAAGAUGAUGCUCCAGAUAUCGAUAUUUAUCACUGCCCUAACUGCGAAAAGACCCAUGGCAAGUCUACGUUAAAAAAGAAAAAGAACUGGAGCAAACAUGAUACAGGCCAAAGCACAGACAUCAAAGCAGUUCAGAACGGCAGUCAAGUGUUCAUUAAAGAGCUACGCAGCAGAACAUUUCCAAGUGCUGAUGAUGUAGUGGUGAAGCUGAGUGGUGUCCAGCUGACCAUGGACUACCUGGAGGAGAACGGUUUUAAUGAGCCCAUCCUGGUCCAGAAGAAGGAUGGUCUGGGCUUGUCCAUGCCUGCUGCCACUUUCUACAUUAGUGAUGUGGAAAACUAUGUUGGUCCAGAUGUCAGUGUUGAUGUGGUGGAUGUCACUAAACAGACAGACAGUAAAAUGAAGUUGAAGGAGUUUGUGGAUUAUUACUACAGCACAAACAGAAAGAAAGUGUUAGAUGUCAUCAACUUGGAGUUCUCUGACACAAGGAUGAACAGUAUAGUUGAAAGUCCACAGAUUGUCCGCAGAUUGUCCUGGGUAGAGAACUACUGGCCGGAUGAUGCUCUGCUUGGAAAGCCAAAAGUCACCAAAUACUGUCUGAUUUGUGUCAAAGACAGUUACACAGACUUCCACAUCGAGUGUGGUGGAGCAUCCGUCUGGUACCACGUGUUAAAGGGAGAAAAGAUUUUCUUCUUGAUCAAGCCCACCUCAGCCAACCUGUCUUUGUACGAGCGCUGGAGGUCGUCGUCCAAUCACAGCGAGAUGUUCUUUGCCGACCAAGUGGACAAGUGUUACAAAUGCACCCUGAAGCAAGGCCAAACCCUCUUCAUCCCAUCAGGAUGGAUCAAUGCAAUACUGACUCCAGUCGACUGUCUGGCAUUUUCUGGGCAUUUCGUCCACAAUCUCAGUGUGGAGAUGCAGAUGAGAGCGUAUGAAAUUGAAAAGCGGUUGAAUGUUAAGACCCUCACCCCCUUUCCAAACUAUGAGACAGCCUGUUGGUAUGUGGGCCGACAUUUCCUGGAGAGAUUCAAGGCGCUACAUAAAGCAAAUAAACAACCAGCUCCAUAUCUUGUACAUGGUGCCAAAAUAAUCAAUGGAGCCUUCAGAGCUUGGACUAAAAAGCAGGCACUUUUGGAACAUGAAGAUGAGCUCCCAGAAAACAUGAAACCAUCGCAGCUUAUUAAAGAUCUUGCCAAAGAGAUCAGACUGUCUGAGAAUGCAACAAAAGCCAUUAAAAGUGAACCAAGCAUUAAGAUCCCAGUAGAAGAGCCACCGUCAACACAUUCAGAACCCGAGGAGCCUGUGUCCCCAGCUCACGUCCCGUCUCCGAGCAGAGACAAGCCACGCAAAAAGAAACCACCCAAACCUCCCAAACCCCCAAAGAUGCCCAAAGCCCCCAAGCCCCCCAAAGUGCCCAAGGUGAAGGAGGGAGGGAAGAAGAAGGCCAAGAAAGCCAAGGAGAUGUCCCCGCCACCAAAACCCUCCAGCUUUGCAGCUCUCGAAUCCCAUGCCAAGGACAUCUUGAGCAAAAUGGACCAGUCCAAGAAGGCCAAGGCUGUUAAAAGUGUUCUUAGUUCAUCCGAGAAAGAUAUAACCAAGCAAAACAGUGUGGACAAGUUCGAAAUCAGAGAACAGAAUAAAAACAAGACGGAAGCAAAAUGGAAGUACAAGAAUAGUAAACCAGAUUCCUUGUUAAAGAUGGAGGAGGAAAGCAAAUUUGACAGAACGCCACUGUCGAGCAAUAAAGAAAGAUUCAGCUUUAUGUCUCACAAGAAACUGCUCAGCUCCAAAAUGCUGAAACCUCAGACCAACUCAAGUGUUUUUGGAUCAUUACAAAACCUAAAAGAGGACAAAGCCAAGCCGGUGAGAGACGAGUACGAGUACGUCUCCGAUGAGGGCGAGUUGAAGAUUGAUGAGUUUCCCAUUAGACGGAAAAAGAACACCACAGUUAAGAGAGACCUGUCAUUUUUGUCCGACAUCCGAGAACCAAUUCAGCCAUCCAAAAAAACAAAGUUUCAGCCUCUAGUGAGUAAGACUGUUGAUUCGUCAGAUGAGGAAACUCUGCACAUAGAUACAGAGGCCAAACCUGACGUCAAAAAUCGCAACUCCAAGGUCAAGAAAAAAGGUGGCAGCGCAGCGGGUAUCCUGGACCUGCUGCAGGCCAGCAAGCAAGUGGGAGGCAUUGACUACAGCACAAACAGCCAGCCCCCUGCAUCUCCCAGCACACAGGAGGCCAUUCAGGGCAUGUUGUCCAUGGCCAACCUGUCGUCUUCAGACAGUUUACCACAGCCCUGGAGCAACAGCCAGUCCCGCAAUCACAGCCAGUCCAAGAGCAACUCCCACGGCUCUCAGGCUAACAGGAAGUCCAGCGGCACCACCGGCAACAACAACAGCAGCAGCAAGCGAGCGGCCAAGCGCAUGCCCAAGAAACCCCGGAGGAGCAGCAGCAUGGAGAGUCUGGAUUAUGAUGACGACCAGGACCACAUGGACGCCUGCUUCAAGGACUCAGACUACGUUUAUCCUUCUUUGGAAUCAGAGGAGGAUAAUCCUGUUUUCAAAUCAAGAUCGAAAAAGCGGAAAAGUAGUGAUGACACGCCGUACAGUCCCACAGCUCGUGUCGGACCUUCAGUCCCUAGACAAGAGAGACCAGCCAGAGACGGGGCGAGAGUGGCCUCGAUAGAAACAGGCCUGGCCGCUGCAGCAGCCAAGCUCUCGCAUCAGGAGGAGCAACAAAAAACAAAGAAAAAGAAGAAAAGUACCAAAAAGAAGACAUUAGUGAUGGAGGAUCCCCCGAGACUCUCUCAGGACAGCAGCUCUGAUCACAAUGCAGACUCUAACGACGGCAACAUGUCGGAUCAGGAGUUUAGCACUGGGACUGUCAAAUCUCCAGGAGGACCCCAGCCCAUGGCCCCGGGCGUGUUCCUCAACCAGAGACGGCCAUCGUUGUCCUCACCCAACAACAGCACCCACUCCUCAAGCACCAACAACAGUGGCCUAGCCAAGGGAGAGCGUCCAGCGGCUCCUGACUCCAAAGCAAAGCGGCUAAAGAAAGGCAUGGCCACAGCCAAACAGAGACUAGGAAAGAUUUUAAAGAUUCAUCGAAAUGGAAAGCUCCUCCUGUAGCAUGCAACGGACUGGGGUCACCUCCCAAACUCACCCCUCUCCCCUACGCCCUUUUAACCGUAUAAGGAAAAAACUGAACCAAGAAUAGGAGGGAACCGGGAGAAAUCAUGCAUUUUUUCAAUUUAUAAGAAGAACAUCACUCCAAUAGGUUUUUGCCUCCUCUUAUACUUUAUAACUUUCAAAUAUAAAAAGUGUACAGAACCUACUAUAAAUAUUUUUUAUGAGAACAUGUGUCAUUUUACUACAGCUGUUUGUUUAUCAGGGGUUGCUAAAAACAUGAAGUAGAAAUACAUUGCAGUCAUUCCAAGAUUUCUGAAAGUAUCCCUUGCAUGUGUCGAGUUGCAUGUGCAGGUCGGGUUUGGGGGGUUUGCGUUUUUUUGGCUUUAACCGGAUGGAUGCAGCUCAUCAUCGCCACAUAGGUCAUGUCUACACUAAUAAGCUACGCCGCCCCGUUACCGUCUGUCUUACUGUUGAUUUUAUCGUUCACGGGCAAAAACAGCACUCACAUUAAAAUGCACUGACAUCAACACGGCUCUAUCGAUCCUUCAGCAGCUUAAUAGUGUGGACAUCGCGCCGUAUUUAACGUGAAACUCUGCCGCUCACAUUUUACCUAACCCUGUUUUUCAUUUCUGUGUACUAAAGCAAAGCACUAUCAAGAGUAAUAUUUAUUUAUUGGUAUGGUAGAUAGGACUAAGCAGGACUUGGAGGAACAAAUGUAAAGCACAAAGUGAGUGGGGAGCGGGUUUGCAUAGGACUGUGGUACGUCGGGCUGUCGUAAACCUCCCUUUAGGUUUGGACGAGUUUCUGUGUUGCCAUUAAACAAAGGACCCAGUAUUUUUAGUGAAAAAAACCAUCACAGCUGAGUAAAUCUUUACAGUAUACAGCAAUCAUAGGAAAUCAAAACAACAAAUCAAACUAAACAUUGUGGUUUUAUUUUUAAUUAAGACGCAGUAAGAUUUUAGUCGUGAUGCCAGUAACAAAUCUUGUGUUAUUUAGCAGAAUAUUACUCGAUGCUUGAACAGGAUCCUCACUUAAAUCCUCACUGAAAUUGUGGGACUUGUGUGAAUUAAAUGGUGUAAAGGCGUUUUCUCUGAGGGUCUCUUUGUCUUUGUUAUAUGCAAAAAUAGCAUAGCCUGGUCUAAACUUACUGGGAGGUGUAAGCCCUGGAGUUUGAUGAUGAUAAGCUUCAUCCAUGUCGCGUUUGUGCCGUUGCUCGGGGAUACUUUCUCUCUUCUGUUGCUUUGCCAGGCAGCACAACCACAUCUGUGCAUUUUCACUACGUCACAGUACAGUGUAGGGAAUGUAGCUUGUACAUAGCCUUUCAGUUACUUUUUGUAUCCUCUCCUUUUAUGGUUUAAUCCUACAUUUUACUGGUUUUGCUAAUUAUGAAUAAAUAAAUACAAAUAUAUAAAUAUAUAUGAAUAUACAGUAUCGACCGAGCAAAUCUGUUACAUUUUUUGUUUGUUUUUUCUUAAGUUUAACUUUUUUUUAAACCUGUUUUGAACUAUCAGGUGUUGCCUGGAAAACAACUGAAGAAACAUUUUAUUUUCAUAUGGCCUUACAUACACAUAGCUAAUUGUACUGUAUUGUGUUUUCGGUUCAAAGGAGGGACAAAGCUUUGAGGAAAAUUUAUGUAAAAAAGUUUUUAAAAACAAAAAAAGACAAAAAACACUCACACAACCAACCACAGACACUUAAAGUUUCUCCAACCAGCCUCUUGUUGGAGCUCUAGUAACCUGAAGGUUUUUGGAAUUAUUUUACUAGCACCUUGUGAAGUGUUUAUGUGUCAGUGAUGUAAUUUAUUAAUGUUUGUAGCUUUUUUAUACUUGUACAAUUCUUAAAAGAGUUUUUGGUUUGGAAUAUUUCAACAUCUUGUGAAUUUAUCCUCAACAGAACUUCAGUUUUGUUCUUCUUCUGUUGUUUAUUGUUCGUGUACUUGAGUGCAUUUGGGAGGCAUCACAAACAUUUUACCGAUUUAUACCAGCAACAUUAUCCAAAAUAUCAGUUCACUGUGGAUGUAUUAUAAGAACUUUACUCCUGUCAGAUGAAAAGAUGAAUUUAACCCGUUUUUAGUCCAAAUUGUAAGACAUAACGAUGGUUUAUCCUCGAGUACAUGAGCUGUGUUUCAGAAUAUGAUCAACAGGGCUAUGGAUUUAUUUUAUUUUUUAUUUUUUCAUAAACUUUGUAAUAGUUUAUGUGGCGUUUGUGGCAGCUCUUAUAAUACAUCUGCAGAGUUUGUACCCUCAGUGUCGGCACGGUCUGGUAUCACGGUCUACAUUUCCACUGUGACAUUUCGUACAUGUUCAUCUCUUGGCCUGCAUCCUCUUUGUUUUGGGGUGGGACGGUUUCGCGGGCCGUAGUGUUAAAUUCUCCUGACCUGCUCCAACACUGGUCAAAAGUGGAACAUCUUUUCAGGUUUUCUUUCACAGGGUUCCUACACAAUAUGUACAAACAUGGAAUAUGGGUUUAGGAUAUUUUAUGUCUGUAAAUGUGUGGAAAAUAAUAUGAGAUGUUUUGUUUUUUACUUCUACAAAUUGUAUGUUGAAAAUUUAAUACCUCCAGCCUAUCAUGUGCUAAUUAUCUUAUAGCGAAAUUUGCAAUUUUAAGGAGCGAAAAAGAAAAAAAAAAAAUCAACAUAUUCAGUAUUUUAGCAAAGAUUCUGCACUGUGGCAACUCACCAUGAACAUUUACUGUAUUCUUAACUCAUCUUUUCACACUUAAAUGUCAUAUCUUGGCUGAAAAAUUAAUUGUGAUGCCUGCGAAAAGUUGACAUUUUAUUUGUAAAAAUGUGUAAGAACCCUGUUUGUACAUUAUGUGUGUUACUUUGUUGUUUUUAAAUCAUUUUUAUAUGUUAUCACUGCAUCCACUGUCAGAGCAGUGAAUGAUACUUGUUGUAGCCGUCUUCCCUUACUGUUAUUUGCAGUACUAGUAUUUACAAUCCUUUUUGAGCUGAAGCUAUAUUUUUCUGUAUUUAGACAAUUCUGUUUGAGGUCAUGGCUCACUUUUUUAAGACAUUGAGAAAUGGAAAAUUCCGAGGAACAAACAUAUUGUUGUUGAAUGAUAUGAUUGUCCGCCUUGUUUACUUUUGCAAUACAGUUAUUGUGGAAAACCUG